CUCUAUUCGCUGUGUUUAAAUAAAAAAUGUUAAAAGGUUUGGUUAGAUUUGAAAAUGAGUUGAGAUGGUUGUUGAAAGUUGUAUGUGGUAUAACAAUUGCUUUAAGUGCUGAAGUUAAUAGUUGCUUACCUUUAAUUUGAUGUUUUUUAUCAUUUAAUGAGAUGAAUAUAUUUUUAAAAUGUGAAUAAUAAGACGGCUCAUUAGCAGCGAAAUGGUUGUAAAAACACAUUCGAAACGUAAUGUUAGAAUUUUGCUGGUUGGAGAUCGUGGGGUGGGAAAGACAUCCUUAAUACUUUCUCUUGUAAGUGAAGAAUUUCCUGAAGAUGUGCCACCAAAAGCAGAAGAGAUUACAAUUCCUGCCGACGUUACGCCAGAACAAGUUCCAACUAACAUUGUUGAUUAUUCCUCUGUAGAACAAAGUGAUGAACAGUUAAAUGAACAAAUUAAAAAAGCUAGUGUUAUUUGUGUUGUGUAUUCUGUAGAUGAUGAUGAUACCAUCGAUAGAAUUUCAUCAUUUUGGAUGCCUCUCAUUAGGCAGAAUCACCCUGACACUUCAUGUCCUGUUGUUUUGGUUGGAAAUAAAAUUGAUCUUGUUGAUUAUUCUACAAUUGAGGGUGUGUAUGCAAUUAUGGAAGAUUUUUCUGAAAUCGAAACCUGUAUUGAAUGUUCUGCAAAAACACUUAAAAACAUUUCAGAAAUGUUUUAUUAUGCACAAAAGGCAGUUUUGCACCCAACAAGUCCUCUUUAUAGUGUAGAGAAAGCAGAUCUUACAGAUGCAUGUCAAAAAGCCUUAAUUAGAAUUUUUAAAAUAUGUGAUAUUGAUAAUGAUGGUUUAUUGAAUGACAUUGAGCUGAACAAUUUUCAAAGCAGGUGUUUUAAUGCACCCUUGCAGCCUCAAGUCCUUGAUGAUGUUAAGGCAGUACUUAGAAAAAACAUUGAAGAGGGUGUUCAGAGUAAUUGUGUAACACUCAAAGGAUUCUUAUAUUUACAUAGUUUAUUUAUUCAGAGGGGAAGGAAUGAAACAACAUGGACUGUAUUAAGGAAAUUUGGCUAUAAUGAUAAUUUAAAUAUGUCAAAAGAUUAUUUAUUUCCAGUUUUGAAAGUUCCACCUGGCAGUACAACAGAACUGUCAUAUAAAGGCCAACAUUUCCUAAUGCAGGUCUUUGAACGAUUUGAUAAGGAUAAAGACCAAGCUUUAUCACCUAGUGAAUUUGAUGAUCUCUUCUCAACUUGUCCAAGUCCACCUUGGGGACCUGAAAAUAGUGCAAUGGUGUCUUCCAAUGAAAAAGGGUGGAUUACUUACCAGGGAUUUAUGUGCCAGUGGGCCCUAAUGACACUUGUGGAUUUACCCAGAACAUUUGAAUAUUUUGCAUAUUUAGGAUACAGUAUCUAUGAAAAUGAGAGCCAGAUAAGCGCAGUACAAGUUACUCGAGAAAAGAAGGUGGACUUGGCAAAAAGACAGUCCAGUAGGAAUGUUUAUCAGUGUCACGUAAUUGGACCAACUGGAUGUGGUAAAACCACGUUUUGUAGAAAUUUUGUUAAGGGUGGAAUCGAGAAAGAUGCACCUUCAUAUUCUACGGGUUCACCAAAAUGCACUGUGAAUUAUGUGCAGGUUUAUGGUCAGGAAAAAAUAAUGAUACUUAGGGAUAUAAAUAUUAGGAGUAUGUCAGACCCUCUACUUCCUAAUGAAGUCCAAUGUGAUGUAGCUGCAUUGAUGUAUGAUGUGAGCAAUCCUAAGUCCUUUGAAUAUAUUGCAAGAAUAUACAUUAAAUAUUUUGCCGAAAGUAAAAUACCCGUUUUAGUAGUUGGAUGUAAGAGUGAUCUGGAAGAAGUGAAGCAAGAGUAUAUCCUGCAGCCCACAACGUUUUGUCAGAAGUAUAAAAUCAUUCCACCUCAAUCUUUUAAAGCCAAAAGUCAGGUGCAAAAGGACGUUUAUGUAAAAUUAGCUACCAUGGCAGCAUUUCCUCGGUUUCAAGCUGCCUGGAUACUGUUCUACCGACACAGUCCUUUGCGACGCAUGGUUCAUAUGCUGCUGUUGCGUCCAGAACCAAGUGAAUGGUUCAGCCAGUUCUGCAGGAAUUUCAGACAAUUUGGUGUAAACUCAUCUGAUACAGCAAUUUGGUGGAAAGCGGGUUUAGGAAUAGCUGUAGCUACCGCUUUUGGUUUACUAUUCGUGAAAAUACUUCACGCAUCAGAAAAAAUCAGAUAGUUUUAUCUUAAGCAGUUGACAUAAUUGGUGCAAUACCUCUUAAAAGUAGACUGUUAAUAAAAAGUAUCCACUUUAUUCAAGAACGAACUUAACUGAAGGGCUAAGUAAUUAGUUCAUGUUUAAUUUUUUGGCUGCUUUGUGAUUGUUUUUAUAAUAAAUCAUUUUUAAUUGAGACAGUAGUCUACUUUUGCACCAUAUUAGUAAUAUGGUGUCAAAAUGCUGCCAAAACAAAAUCAAUUUAUUUUAAGUGCACAAUUUUAUUGUAUAUAGUCGUUUUGCUAUAUUUUUAGUCAAAGGUACUGGAAAAGCUUUAUCAUUAUUGAGCUAUAUUUAUGCAGCAUACAGUCGAAUAAAAACUACAUUUGUUUGGUGGUAUAUAAGUGCUCUUUUUGUUGUUGUACUGUAUAUUUAUUGUUUUUUAAAGUUUGUAAACACUUCUGUUGUUAAAAAAAAGUAUUAAGUUACGGAGACAUUUUAUGAUUAAUUUGAAAUGCAAUAUAAAUAAUAAAAAACACCAUUUUUACUAUUAGAGAAAUAUUCCUUUUGAAUACUAAUAAAGUCUAUAUUUUGCAAUACUCUGUAAGACUGUAAUUAAAUGUACAAUAUUUAAUUCUGUAGAGUAGCAUACAAAUUACUCAAAAUAAAAAGUAGGUAACAAAU